UUACGUGUUGUGAGUGGUCGUCGAUCUGUUUUCUCUCUCUCUCUCUUUCUUCUCUGUGUGCCAGUACAGCGAAAAUGCUUCCAUUUCAUGAGUCGAUAGUGAAUGAGCUCCUCGAGCAAGAUGGAGUUGUGGUUAUGGCUGCCGGCCUGGGACUGCAUAAGGUCAUUGCGGCGUUGCUUCGUCUACAUCACAAGUCCUCUGUCUCUGCAUCUUCUUCUCCUUCUUCUUCGUCUUUGGCGUGCUGCUCUGAGGAUUUGAUCCUCAUACUCUGCGCCUUCGAUUCCCAAAGGCAGGUGAUAAGGCAAGAGCUGCUCCUGCAGGACCCUGCCGCCCCUGACCUGCGCGAUAUCAGCAAUGAGAUCUCGGCGUCGGAGAGGGUGAACUUGUACAAAACUGGUGGGUGCUUCUUUAUCACCUCGAGGAUCUUGGUCGUUGAUUUGCUGAAUGAGAAAAUCCCUGUCCAAAAGAUCACCGGCGUAAUCAUUACCAACGCGCAUCGUGUGAACGACACGUGUACAGAGGCCUUCAUCCUGCGCCUCUACCGAUCUGCCAACAAAAAAGGAUUCAUUCGUGCGUUUUCGGAUAGACCUCAGUCCUUCUUAGGUAGCUUGAACAAAAUGGAGAGGAUCAUGAAGAGUCUGUUUGUUACCCGGAUCUAUUUUUGGCCGCGGUUUCACCUGCAAGUCAGCUCGGCACUGGAGAGAGGGCCCCCGGAAGUCGUCGAUAUCCGUAUCCCUCUAACACCGGCGAUGGGUGCGAUCCAGCGAGCGAUUGUAGAGGUGAUGGAUGCUUGUUUGAAAGAACUUAGAAAGACAAACAAGGUAGAUGUUGAGGAUCUGACGGUGGAGAAUGGACUGUUUAAGUCCUUCGACGAGAUCAUAAAGCGACAGCUAGAUCCGAUCUGGCACAACAUUGGAUGGAAGACGAAGCAGCUCGUCGCGGACUUAAGAACUCUGCGUAAAUUGGCAGAGUAUCUUAUCCGUUAUGACGCCGUCACAUUCCUCAGGUACCUGGAUGCAUUGCGUGCAUCUGAGAGCAUACAUGCAGUCUGGAUUCUGGCAGAUCCAACACACAGGAUCUUCGAGGUGGCCAAACGGCGCGUCUAUCAGUGCCUUUUGUCCUCCACCGUGGCGGGGGUGGUGACGGGGAGCAGUUCGCCAACGGCUCUGUCUUCGUUAUCCUCGGGUGUGGUGCAGGCACAACCAGAGGGCAGGAUUGGCGCAGGGGGAGAGGGAGGGGGAGGAAGGAUGCUGAAAAGAGGGAGGGGUGCAGGUGAUUAUGGAGGGGGUGGACGGGGGGCCAAGCGGUUAAACAGGGCGGCUAGUGGAGUGGUCGAUGAAGGAAAGAGCACAGAGGCGGGUGGUCCACAAGAGGGGGGAGAGAGCGAUGCGGAAGUGGUUAUCUUGGAUGAAUUGGGGUGUGAGAUUACAGUCAUUGAGGACCGUAGUAGUGGUGAUGGGUGCCGUCGUGGGGGUGUAGGAGAUGACAAGGUCCCUAACGACAGGCUUGCUAAGGUAGGGCCAGAGCAGCAGCAGCAGCAGUCGUGUGCACGGCCACCGGCCAACGCUGGAGAGACAGGACCGGUGAACUUGGGAAAAGCGGAACUGAAUUUGAUUCUGGAAGAAUCGCCGAAAUGGUCUCUGUUGCGAGAAGUUUUGGAAGAGAUCCAAGAGGAGAGGGAGAAGGAGGCAGCCAUAGCUGCAGUGGCAGAGUUCGAACAACAGUCAGCUGCGGCGGCAGCAGCAGCAGCAGCAGCAGCAGCAGGAGGAGGAGGAGGAGGAUGUGAAGAGGAAAAAGCAGUGGAGGAGGUUGAGGCAAUUGCAGAAGAUAUUGAUAUUAUUAUUGUAGAGCCUGUACCAGGGAGGACUGAGAAUGAAGACGAAGGAAGUGCGGCUGCUCUCCCGCCAAAAGUUAUGGGUGACACAAUCGCCACUGAUAAUGGCAACACUGUGACGGAUAGCGAUGAUCAGGAUGCUUGUGCGACCGCCGGUGCGGUUUCCGCAGAUGGGCAUGGUCAGCGGAGUAACGCUGUCAAUAACCACACAGGACCUGUGCUUAUUGCUGCGAAAGAUGAGCGAACGUGCAUGCAGCUGCAGGCGUUCCUUGCGCGUGGAGGUAGGAAACUUUUGGAAGAGGAAUGGGAAAGUUAUCUGUUAGGAAAGGAGGAGGUGCUUCGUCAACGUGCUCGCAAUAAGAAGAAACCUAAUCAUAGUAACAGCAGCGCCAGUAAUACCAGUAACAAUAGUAGUAGUAGUACUGCAAAGAAGCCCCCAUCAGCCCCAGUCGCGGGCCCAAUGGGAAGGAGCGGGAGUCGAGCAGAAACUACUUUUGCCGUUGUUGGCCCCGGCCAUCUGGAAAACGAUGCUUUGCUUGCUGCUGUAUCGGAGGUGCAUCGCCGGCAGAAACUGGCAAUGGCGGCGGAGGAUGGAGGGGCAGCUGGCCAAACGUCUAGCGGGAGCCGGCAACAAACAGGUGCCGGUUCCAGUGAACAGCAGAUUGGCCCCGCGGGUGGUCCCGCUAGACGGGGUAGAAGAAGCGGUAGGGGAAGGGGAGGAGGUGGAAGGGACAGGACAAGGAGAGGAAGAGGAACGAAGUCUUCGGGUGAACCUCAAGGAGGAAGAGGAGGAGGAGGAGGAGGAGGAGGAGGAGGAGUGUCUCUUAUACACAUCUAGAUGUGUAUAAGAGACAGCCUUAAUGAUGCUCUUCUUUUUUUUCUUUCCUUUUUGGGUUUAGGGAAAUCUUGUGACUGAAUGUGGAAAAAAGAAAAAUUACGCUCAAGCUUGUCCCCCCCCCCCUCUCCCCCCUCCACCCCCCCCUCUGGUAUGAGUGCGUGCGCUAGGGCAGGUCAAGAUUCCUGGACAACUGAAUUUAAUUUUUCGAAAUGAGAGUAAGAGCAGUGCAGUCCGUCGUGUGACGUGGCAGCACAAGGACACGUCAGCAUGCCACCUCGUUCAUGUUAUCUCAUCUCAUCUCAUCCAGUAAAGAAAAAUCGAAUGC